AGAGCAUCUGGCCAAUGUGCAUCAGUUGUGGUCAGCAGCAAAAUCAAGUGAAUCAUCUCAGUGCACUCAAAGGCCUAAUUAGCCCAUCUCUACCUUUUGUGAAGUGAAAAGUCGAAGAAAACCCAAACAAUUCAAGAUGCCUUGCCCAUGCGGAAGCGGAUGCAAAUGCUCCUCCCGCACCAAGGGUUCCUGCAACUGCGGAACUGACUGCAAGUGCGGCGACAACAAGAAAUCCGCCUGCGGCUGCUCCAAGUAAACUUCCCCGAGAAGAUCUGGAGAGAACGGCGAUCCCUUAUCUCCGAACUGAUUUCUUUAAAUUUUCGCAUACAAAAAACAAUGUUUUUCUCAUUUUCCCACAUACACAAUGUCCAAUUAAAGUAAUUGAAACCUAA